CUAAACUAAAAGAUGAAUGUUCUCCCAAGAAUUAUCAGUUCAGCGGACGAAGUAUCGCUGUUUAGAUAUGGCUACGUCCACCUCAACGUCGUCCGGCUCCGGCAGAGAUGGGUCGGCCAAGACUGUGGUGGUCGAUCAAAUCACUCAGUCUGUACAGUCCACUUCCAAUCUCCUCCAACUCAUGCUCCACUCUUCCCCUUCUCAGGCCCAACUGCAGAAACUCCCAAAGAGUCUUUUGGCUAAGACCACCGCAAUCAAGAAUACAUCAUUGGUAUUGGAGCAAUUGCCUCAGAUUAUUUCAUCAUUGGAUGCACAUAUGGACCAAGGACUGCAAAGUGUUCCUCAGCUGAAAUCUGUGAUCCAGCUACUUUCAAACAUUGAGAACUCCCAAGUAAAGUCCAUAUCCAAUGCUCGGCUUUUGCAAGAGGAAUCUGAAUCCGCAGAACAACCAUAAGUAACAUUUUCCCUGGAAUGUCAUUGUGGCCUAGAAGAUUGGUUCAAUAUUCGUAGAAUCGUCUAUGUGUGUCAUUUGUGAACUCGGGCGAAUAUUUUUAGAAAGGUUGUGCUUGUUAGAAAGGUGCACCACUAGCCAACUUGGGUACAAUGGGCAUGGCCGUUCGGUACCUUUGGUUCAUGGUAAUAGUUGGAAGAAUUGUAAGGGGCGUUUGGUGCUCGGAGUCUCAUUGGAAUUUGGAAUUCAUUCGCAAUGGAGUUUACAUUUGGUGAGCUUAUUCACAGUAUAAUCAGCCUUAUCAGUUUGAUUUCUUACCAAACACUAAAUUACUUUACUGCAU